GUCUCUUUCAAGUACAAGCUCUCUAAACCGCUUAAAACGUUCGCUUGGUUAUUUAGCAUGGGGAUCCGUGAGAAUAAACUGCACGCGGAUCAUUUUCUCUCUCUCUUAGCGCGCUCGUGAACUGCAGAAAACAGAGUCUCGCGCUUCUUCGUUCAGAGUCGCUCGGUCUCUCUCUGUGAGGAGUUCACCGACGAGCAGCUUAACCUCGCUCUCGGCCACUGUGGGGUUUAGUUCGUUACAUUGUAGAGUUUCAGCCGAGUUUCAUUCAAUUUACACGGAGAGCUGCCUCCGAAAGUCACGCUUGGUCACUUGUUUUUGCGGGUCGGCUAUUUUAGUGGAUUUAAGCUGUAUCGUGUGAUGUUGUCUGUGUGGAAACCUAAUCUCUUCUCUUGGCUUUUGCAGUUCUAAGUGAUCUUAUUCGUGGCUUUUCACAGGUGAAUGAGUUUGAGCAGCUGUUCCCCGUUUAAAAACUUACUUUCUGAGUCUUUCCGUGCGCGUUUCCAGUUGCAGACAUGGAUAAAUACGGGGAUUUGGGACUUGAGGCGAGUAAAUUCAUCGAGGACUUGAACAUGUAUGAAGCAUCGAAGGACGGCUUAUUUCGCGUGAAGAGAGAUGCGGGUAACAACCCGGAUUUUGAAGAAACCAGGAAAGUUUUUGCCUCAAAAAUGGCUAAAAUACACAUGCAGAAGCAGCAAGAGGAGAUGGCAAGAAACAGUCUGGCAGCAAGGAUCAAUGGAAGUCAUUCGAAAGUAUCAGAUAACUCAUUUUACACCAAAGACAGACCACCCAUCAAUGGUUAUAGACAGGUUGGUGAAGCAGCAGCCAAACCACCCAUCAUGUCUGGGCCAGUGGUUGGCACUGCCAGUGUGACUCCAUACAUAUUUUACGAAGGACAAAAACACCAUUCGGUCAUCUUACAUGAUGGAUCCAGCAACAGGGCUUAUGACAUUAAGGAGACUGGGAAUGCUGUUAACCCAAUACCAGUGCCAGCGCGAUCGGCACCCUCUACCAGCCCCCCUGGCACAUGGGCGUCAAGAAGCGGUUACCCGUCUCAGACGCCAUCGUCUCCUUUCUCGAACAGUUCCUCCUCUUCUAGCUCACCUGGAGCGGGUCAGAAUUAUUCCCCAGUGUCUCAGGGAUUCCCUCAAACAGGGAAGUCUCCCUCUCAGUCGCCCACAGGAACAUACAGGGAUGCAUAUCACCAGCCUCAACAAGUUAGCCCUGGGCAGCACUGCCAACCAGACUCUGCCCUUUGGUCUGCCAGUGGACCGACAUAUCAAAAUGGGGGAGCUCAUAAUACUGGCACCCCCUCCGCUACCCAUGUGACCCAACCUCCAUUGUCCCAUGCAGGGAAGCAAGGUGAGCCACCCCAACCCAAGAGCACUGCACCCGGUAACACAUCAGUGCCCGCUUCUACACCGGCGGCCCCUGUUGAGUCGCCCCAUGAUGAGUCUUCCAGCCCUUCUCGUGCGCUCAAGCUGCCAUGCCAGACCCUCCAUGUACAGACAGAUCAGGGGCCAUCUGCGGCUGAAAUCAAAUUAGAAGCUCUAACUGAACGCCUGGAAAAGGAGAUGGACGCCCAGCCAAAGGCUGAGUACUUUGAUUCAAGCGGAGACACUGAAGGAUGUUUCGACAUACACCUGUGUCGUGUUGAUGCGCUCUGGAUGCGGAGUUGGCAGUAA